AUGAAGCUUGAUAAGACCAUAUCCCUCUCUUAUUUUUCAUCUACACUUUACACUCAUCUUCUUUGUUGUGUAAUAUUUGUUAUCCUCUCCCCCACUUCCACAGUAUCCGUAACUCUCCACUCAUCAAAUGAAACUGAUAGAAUUGCCCUUUUAGAUUUUAAGCAUCGGAUUUCUGGUGAUCCACACAGAGUGUUACUUAACUCGUGGAAUGAGUCCAAACAUCAUUGUGGUUGGCAAGGAGUGAGUUGCGGUGGUCGACACCAACGAGUUGUGGCGCUGAGGCUUUCUCAGAAGGGCUUGGUCGGAUCCAUUUCUCCUCACAUAGGAAACCUCACGUUCCUCAAGGAUGUAAAUCUAGGUGGCAAUGGAUUCCACGGUCCAAUUCCCAAUGAAUUUGGGCGUUUGCUUCGACUCAGAUACCUCAACAUGUCUCAUAAUGCACUUACUGGAGAACUCACUGCUGCUAACCUUAGCAAUUGCUUACAACUCAGGAAAAUCUUCCUUGUUCUAAAUGACCUCCAUGGGAAGCUCCCUGCAGAGCUAGCUAAUUUGAAGAAGCUACAAUCUCUUUCUCUUGAUGGAAACCAAUUAACAGGUGGAAUUCCUCCAUCUUUUGGGAAUUUGUCAUCACUUCAAGGAUUGGGCAUGGAAUAUAAUCAUCUGGAGGGGAACAUUCCUGAGGAGAUUACACAGUGUCGGGGUUUGGGUUUGCUUUCACUGGGUGCCAACAAUCUCGCUGGUACACUAUCUUCUGCUUUCUUCAAUAUGACUUCCAUUAUCAACUUUUCAAUAUCACAAAACUCACUCCAAGGGACCAUUCCAAGCUACAUAGGAGACACUAUGCCCAACUUGGAAGGUUUCUAUUUUGCUGCCAACAAAUUUCAUGGGACUAUCCCCACUUCAUUUCCAAAUGCCUCCAAGCUUCAAUUUCUUGAGCUAUCACGAAACUAUUUUGAAGGCAAAGUUCCAGACAAUAUUGGAAGGUUAAAUGAUCUCUAUCGUUUGAACCUUGGAUACAAUUUUCUAGGUAGCUAUGAUCCUCUCAAUGACUUGGCUUUUAUAACCUCUUUGUCAAAUUGUAGUAAUUUACAUGCAUUUUCUAUUUCUACAAAUCGAUUUGAAGGCAAAUUUCCAAACUCUAUAGCUAACCUCUCAUCUAAACUCUCUAAGUUAAGUCUGUCGGGGAAUAAGAUUUCUGGAACAAUACUAAUAGGAAUACAAAAUCUCAGGAGCUUAACUGCUUUAGACCUAGCAGAAAACCUAUUAUCGGGUGUUAUUCCAAGUGAGAUAGGUAAUUUGCAAAAUUUACAAGGACUGAGUUUAAGUCAAAACCAAUUCUUUGGAAAAUUACCACCUACUCUUUUUAACCUCACUUCUCUGUCUGCUCUAUAUAUUGACAACAACAAUCUAGAUGGCAAUGUACCUUCAAGUGUGGGAAACCUUUGGGAUUUGAAUAAUUUGGUUUUGUCAAGUAACAGACUCGAUGGCUCCAUUCCUGAGCAACUAUUUAGUUUGUCAGCCUUGUCUGUGAUGCUUAACCUCUCCAGUAAUUCAUUCACUGGCCCAUUAUCUCCUGUCGUGGGCAAAUUGAAAACACUAAAUGCCUUAGACAUUUCUAGAAACAAGUUAUCGGGCAAAAUUCCAGAAACAAUUGGAGAUUGUUUGAGUCUCGAAUAUCUUGAUAUGCAUGCCAAUCUCUUUGAAGGAAAAAUCCCACUUUCUCUGGUUUCCCUAAAAAGCAUUAGGCAUUUGGAUAUCUCAAACAACAAGUUGACUGGAGAGAUACCCAGAGAAUUCCAAAACCUCCGCUUCUUGCAACAUUUGAACCUUUCCUUCAAUGAUCUAGAAGGGGAGGUACCAACAACUGGAGUGUUUGCCGUGGUAGCCAAUGUAUCAUUGCUUGGAAACAAAAAUCUAUGUGGUGGUAUACCUCAGCUAAAGCUACCUCCAUGUCCUGUGAAGAAAAGAAAUCAUAGAAAGCAUCUAAAGCUUAUGAUUGCUAUUUUCACAUGUGUUAGUGUGGCUCUGGCCCUUGCAUCCCUUCUAUCGUUGCUCUGGAAGAAGGACAAAAAGAAGCAGUCUUCUAAGCUAUCCAAAGUUGAAAAGCUAUUCAAGAUAGCUUACAGCGACUUGCACAGAGCAACCGAUGGCUUUUCCGAGACAAAUUUGAUUGGUUCUGGAAGCUUUGGCUCUGUUUACAAAGGAAGAUUUGAGCAAGACGAGAAAAAAACAUAUGCAGUUAAGGUACUUGACCUCCUAAAGGAUGGAGCUUCAAAGAGUUUUCUUGCAGAAUGCAAAGUGCUUAGGAACAUACGUCAUCGAAAUCUUGUUCCAAUUUUGACCUGCUGCUCUAGCUGUGAUUUUGCAGGGAAUGAAUUCAAAGCCCUAGUUUAUGAGUUUAUGGAAAAUGGGGAUUUGGAUAUGUGGUUGCAUACACAUUCCGCUAAUGCAAGGACAAAUGUUCUAAGCGUUCUUCAAAGAUUAAACAUUGCAAUUGAUGUAGCUUCUGCGUUGCAUUAUCUCCAUGAUGAUUGUGAGCCCGUGGUUGUUCAUUGUGAUCUAAAACUAAGCAACAUUCUACUUGACAAAGACUUAACUGCUCAUGUUGGAGACUUUGGAAUAUCAAGACUUUAUUCGCGAACAAUUGAAAAUCUAUCUGGAGAACAGACAAGUACUGUUGGAUUAAAGGGGUCAAUUGGUUAUGUUCCACCUGAAUACGGGAUAGGAGCAAAGGCAUCACCAUUUGGAGACGUUUAUAGCUUUGGAAUCCUUUUGUUGGAAAUGUUCACAGCAAAGAGACCCACAGAUGAUUUAUUCAAUGGCGAAAGUAGUAGCCUUUGUGAGUAUGUGGAGAUGGCAUUGUCGGAAGACGUUAUGAAGAUAGUAGACCCAUUGCUAACAACAUGCCUAGGAAGUAGCAAUGGAAUAACACCGGAUGUAGGGUUGGAGAGUGAUGACAAUUUAGUGGGAAUCGAAGAGAUGAAGAUGCAUAGCUUCUUUAUCUCCAUCUUCAAAAUUGGGCUCACUUGUGCUUCAAGAUCACCAAUGGAUCGCAUGCAUAUGAAUGAAGUGAGCAGGGAAUUACAGAAGAUUAAGAAGGCAUUCUUUGCAUAAAAUUAAGUAAACAUAUCUUGUGACAUACAAUAUUUCUGUUGGUGAAAUAUAGUUAGCAAUUUGUAAGUUAAGUUUGUUGUUUAAUUA